AUGAUUCUUAGUCAAAAUGAUGGCAUAACCGUACGAGUUAUGAAGGAGGACGACUAUCCAAGAGUGAAAACCUUCAUGACGGACUACUUUCACUACGACGAGCCCAUGGGAAUGGGUCUCGAGGAGCCCAUUCACCUGCAGCAUGAGGAGGAAGUGGAUAGGCAAUACCUGGCGGUGAUCAGGCAGGGACUAUCCAUAGUGGCACUGGACGAUAACAACGGGGGACUACUGGUUGGCAUUGCCGUGGCGGAGACGAUGGAUCCCAUCGAAAUGGCCAAGCAGCACAAGGAAGCCGAGGAAAUGGAGCCAAAUGCUUUGGGUCGCAGCAGGAAAUUUAUAGCCAAAGUGGAGCGCGAAGCCAACAUUUUCGAACGCUUCGGAGUCUCCUCCUACCUGAGUCUGCUGGUCAUCUCCGUUCACCCCUCAAUGAGGCAAAGAGGUAUCUUGGUCAUACUUUCCAAAUGUCUCUUUAAAUUGGGUCGCCUGCGGGGACACACUCUGUUCAUCACCAGCGGAACCAAUCACUACUCCUCCCGGUCGGCGAUGAAAGCGGGAUGUGAGUGCAUCCAUUCGGUGGCCUAUGCUGACUACAAGGACGAGUUGGGUCGGCCGAUAUAUAAUCCACCAGCGCCCCAUACCCACAUUCGGGUCUUGGCCUCAAAAAUGUAAAAAUUAAAAUAAUUUAUUAAUUAAUUAUUACUUUGGCCUUGGCAAUUGAUAAAGGUCGUCGAGCUGGAAACGCAAGUCCAUAUGGAUCAAAUAAAGUAAUAAAAUGUAGAACGGUCUACUUUAUUGUUCAGAUAUUGUGUUGAUUAUGUAUUUAUCGACACAUGACCUUGCAAUAAUUACAAAAUCUGAUAUUAAGUAAUCACUUUCCACUCGAUGUAUUUAUCCUCAAAGAUUUUGGGUCAGAAAACCAUAUUCGAAAAAUGUUUAUUACUAAAAGGAUAAGUCAGUCUGGCACUUCAUUAAAAAUAAAACCAAAAGCCGUUGGAAACAACUUUCUCUUCGCC